AUUUGAAAUCCCUAGCACCUUAAUCAAGACCAUACUGAUUUCCUAAUACCACCAUUCACCAUGAAUAAGACGACCAAGCCAGGGGCCGGAGUUAUUACCGACGAAAUGUCCUACACAGAGCGGCUAUUCCAUUAUUCUUAUACCAUAGAAUCUGAGGAACUACAUUUCUUAGUAUUCCGGGAUUGCAAUAGCUCAAUAUGGUGCAUCUCCAAAACGAAUUGGCAAAGAGGAAGGGUUCCAUGUGGAUAAACAUGACCGCUUCUGAUGACUACACUCGAGAUCUCAGUUCACUCUUGCACCAAUAUGGUAAGAUUUAUUUCAUAAACUAUAAAGGUAACUGGUUAGUUUCUUCAGAUAAUAACACUCAAGCUUUGAAGCCGAUGCAAUUCGAGAUUAUGCCUUUUUUUCUGGUCUUCAAGCCAUUACCGGAUCCCAGGCACAAGAAAAGCGUCAAGAUCUCACACAUGCCUUUCCCGAGAUUGCCGACUUACCAGGUGACCCAUUCAACUCAGCUUCUCGUCGUCUUCCCGAUCAAUCACUAAUGCCAGUCGACCCUUUAAGAAAAUGGCUCAAAGCGCGUCUACCAUCUCGAUUGGCAUACACGAAACGCGAGCAAUUGCUUCGCACAGACGAGUUACUCAAGGGCGAGCCACCAGAACAAGUCUCUACCUUCCUGGAUAAGCUAGCUCUAUUUAUGGUCACCUUCGCGGGUGGAUUGAGUCUAGGGGGCCCUAUGCUGAUGAUGAGAAUUGGCGAGAAUUUGACCAAGAGCCUAGUGACAACGAGUGUGGCUGUGGUAUUGUUUGCUGGAAUUACAAGUUUGAUUCUUCGUGCAAAUAAUACGGACACCGUAGCAGCCACUGCAACAUAUGCAGCAGUACUUGUGGUUUGUUGGGACGAGUGGAAGUUAGAGAGUUGGGUAACUCUUGUACGUGACUUCCCUUUCUAGCACGUGCGACACCUCCAUUAACCGAUGGAUAACUCGUUAAUGACAACCCCGGAUUAUGUAAUCUUGUAAACCUAAAAUUUAAUCAUUUUAUUCAGAAUUUGAAUCAUAAAAUACUAAACCAUCAAUCUAUGAAGAUUCAAUCUUGAAUCCAUACCCAACUAUCCAAUUAUAAAAUAUCAUUUUAUCAUUUUGUAAAAACUAUUCCAUUUAUCAUCAUAAUUAACCGUACCCAAACCAUUCAUCGAGUGCACUGGUGAGCAGAUGGCUAAGCUGCCAACCCGUCUCUCUCUGAUACUGCAACUAGCUCGAAGAAACCAGCACCAUUUGUUCGCCCGUCUACAAAAUUUCCGAAUCGGAAAUGCAGUACAGUACUCUCCUCGUGUUUUCAAGGGACAUUGACAGAAUUCUUAAAAGGAACUUGGCGAUAAAAGGAGAUUCGUACGAUUUCGACAGGUGGAGGACAUUGCGAAGGGUUGUGGCGGCCAAGGAUAGAUAUUUUUUGAAUGAGAAGGCAAAUAUUGCGUACGCUACUCCGGGGAGGGGGAAUUUGGGAUAGGUAGGGGAUGAAGUAGAGAAGAUGUGAGGAGUCCGGGUGAUGCAAAUUUUGUGAUCUUGUAUUAAUCGUUUUGGAAAAUGACUGAUAUAAUAGCGUUUUUUAUUGUUGAGAGAAAUUGUAGAUCUGAGUUUUGCUUGUGUACAAGUCCAUCUUGAACAGAUGAAGGCAUUAGUCACAUCAACCUUCGACAAUAGUAACAUCAACGACUAGUACACCACCGGUACUAUAU